UAUACAGAAAGAGAGAAAGAGAUAGAGAUCAUGGAAAGUCACUCCGAUAAUAGCUCGGCUGCCUCUUUCGUGAAGAACCCGACGAUUAAGUUCACCAAGCUGUUCAUCAAGGGAGAAUUCGUUGAUUCCGUUUCAGAACAUGCAGAAGAAUCAGCUGCCUUGGAUACAAUUGACGCUGGGAAGUUGUUUAGUGUCGGCAAGGCCGUGGACGUCCCACAUGCAGUAAACAGCCUCCGUUAUUAUGCUGGUGCAGCUGAUAAAGUUCAUGGAAAAGUACUGAAGAUGUCGCGUGAACUUCAUGGAUACACCUUGCUUGAACCUAUUGGUGUCGUGGGGCACAUUAUUGCCUGGAAUUUCCCCACCACAUUGUUGUUCUUGAAGAUUAGCCCCGCUUUAGCUGCCGGGUGCACAAUGGUCGUCAAGCCUGCCGAACAAACUCCUCUGUCGGCUCUAUAUUAUGCUCAUCUUGCUAAGCUGGCCGGAAUCCCCGAUGGAGUACUCAAUAUUGUAACUGGAUUUGGACCAACCGCUGGGGCUGCCGUGAGCUCUCACAUGGACAUCGACGCGGUUAGUUUCACUGGUUCCCCAGAAGUAGGUCGCAAAGUAAUGCAAGCCGCGGCAGAAAGUAAUUUAAAAGUGGUUUCACUUGAAUUAGGAGGCAAGUCACCCCUUAUAAUUUUUGAUGAUGCCGAUUUAGAUAUGGCUGCUGAGCUUGCUAUCUUGGGUAUUUUAUUUAACAAGGGAGAAGUGUGUGUGGCAAGUUCUCGUGUUUAUGUUCAAGAAGGGAUAUAUGACGAGCUUGUGAAGAAAUUAGUGGAAAAGGCAAAAACUUGGGUGGUUGGGGAUCCUUUUGAUCCUAAAGUUCAGCAAGGACCCCAGGUCGAUAGGACGCAGUUUGAAAGAAUUCUUUCAUACAUUGAACAUGGCAAGAGAGAAGGAGCCACCCUGCUAACAGGGGGCAAGCCCAUGGCUCAGAAGGGUUAUUACAUUGAGCCUACUAUUUUUGCUGACGUUAAGGAAGAAAUGCUUAUAGCGAAGGAUGAAAUAUUUGGACCAGUCAUGGCUCUUGCAAAGUUCAAAACAAUCGAGGAGGCCAUUAAGAAGGCCAACAGCACUAGAUAUGGCCUAGCAGCUGGGAUCGUGACCAAGGACUUGAAUGUGGCUAACACCGUCUCAAGAUCAGUACGUUCAGGCACCGUUUGGAUCAAUUGCUAUUUUGCUUUCGACACUGACUGCCCUUUUGGGGGGUAUAAGAUGAGUGGUUUUGGAAGAGAUCAUGGAUUGGAAGCCCUUCACAAGUAUCUCCAAGUGAAGGCCGUUGUCACUCCCCUUUAUAAUACUCCCUGGCUUUGAAUCAAUU